AUGUCGGAAUCCCAAAGCAUCUCAAGCAUCAAUAAGCAAAUAGUGAUCACCAUCAUCAACAUGGUUCCUUCUCUACCUCUAGUUCCUCCCCUUCUUUCUGCCUCUGCCACUGUGGUUCUCAUAUCCAUUUGUAUCAUAUCAUUUUCAAUGCUUUCAUUGGUCGCCAUUACCAUGUUUUACAUGAUUUGGGACUACUUCCGAGAGAAUCAUCAAAGCCGUCAAAGCGAUAUCGAAUCAGGAGAAGAAGCAAGAUUGGAUCAACCAGAUAUUACUUAUGAUAACUUGGAAUGGCAUGAACAGUUUGCAUUUUAUCAAGCGGCUGUGCUGCACAAUAUGCGAGUGCUGGAGAUUUUAGAUAGAGUUAUUGAGGAAUUGGAAGAAAGGAAAGAACUGAGGAAACGACGAGAGCAAAAACGAGCCUUGGAAAAGAAACUGCCACAAAGUGUUAGUUGUGGAAGCCAAGAAAGUGAAAUAAAUUGCAAAGAUUGUGCCAUCUGCUGGGACGAGUUUGAGACUGGGGAGAUGUGUCAAGUUCUUCCAUCAUGUAACCAUGUUUUUCAUUACAAAUGCAUAAACCAUUGGUUCAUGGAAAAUCUAACUUGCCCUAUUUGCCGAAAACGUGUAAUAGAAUUAUGA